UCCAUCCAUUCGUUGUUGUUGUUAGAGCGGUGAUGGAGAAGCCGAGGGACCGCAGCCGGCACCGCUAAAGCUAGUAGCAGUCCAGGUCCAGGGGCCAGAGAGCGAGAGAGGUAGAGGUAGAGAAGAAGAAGAAGAAGAAGAAGGAGAAGAAGAAGAAGAAGAAGAAGGAGAGCGGAUACAAACGGAGCGGAGGGAGAGAGAAUGGAGACGGUCGAGCAGCUCGUCUCCUUCCACCACAUUCAGGUCCAGUUGAGCGGGGGCGCGCCUUGGGGGUUCACGCUGAAAGGAGGACUGGAGCACGGCGAGCCGCUCAUCAUCACCAAAAUCGAGGAUGGAGGGAAGGCCGCCCUGUGCGAGAAGCUGAAGGUCGGCGACGAGCUCAUCAACAUAAACGGAUCGGCGCUCUACGGCAGCCGGCAGGAAGCGCUCAUCCUCAUCAAGGGAUCGUACCGGAUACUGAAGCUCACAGUCAGGAGGCGCAGCGUUCCUCUCUACAGGCCUCCCUCCUGGCACCUGGCAAAGCUAUCGGAGCUGCCGCUCCCUCCCCCUCCCCCUCCUCCGUCUCCUCCUCCUCCGCCCUGCCUCCCCCCAGCCGACUCCCCUCCUCUCCCCCCUCCUCCCCCUCUGUCUGCCAUGCAGCUCCACCCCGGCCCUUACACACUACCCUGGCACACAACUGACAACAGUGACUUGUCCUUGCAGUGGGGUCAGCUGUCCAGACCUUACUCCUCCACUGACAGAAGCAGUUCCCUGGGCUCCAUGGAGAGCUUGGACACACCAACACCCACUGCACAGCCAUACUCCGACUCCCAUAAUUCACCUGUGGACCCCACCCUGUUUAACAACAAGAGAGACUCAGCCUACAGCUCUUUCUCCGCCAGCUCAAACACAUCUGACUACGCAACAGUGCCACUAAGGCCUGGUGAGGCCGACUCCAUGGAUAACCUCCAAAGCCUGGGGCCGGCUUGUCGAGGCUAUCCUAGUCCAGAUACCUCAACCCUGGGGAGCUCAUCUGGCAAUGCCCCAGAUGAAGCACAGUUUAUAGUGCUCAAGUCCAGGUCGCUGACCAGGCCAAGACCAAGACCUGUUCAGGUAAAAGAAAGGCCUUCCUCCUGCUGUUAUGAGGAGGAGCGAAGGGGAGGAGACUUUGAGAUCGUAAGAAAUGGAGAAAGAGGCGGUGAGAGAAAGAAGAAUCCACCUCAGCCUCCAACCAGGAAGGACAGUUUUAGGGCAACCCGGAAUCGUCCUAAUGUCGCCAACAAGCGUUGCGUUUCUGCUCCGAUUGAAAUUUCCAGUGUUUCUUGUUACUAUGACGAAAACAAGUCCACUUUAAAUGUUGAAUCAGGAAUCCAGAAUGGCUUCCCUGCACCAGAAGAUGAUGACAAAACUGGGAAUCUCAAAGAAGAUACCUUAGAAUCGCACUUUCUCCAAAGACAGACUUCAGACGUUAGACAUAUCAGAUGUGAUAUUAGUGCUAAUAAAGACUGCAAUUCAGAGACCACCUCAGAUCACCUCUCUGACACAAUCUCAGCCUCCCUAGACCCCAUCAUCUCCUCUCGUCCUUGCUCCUUACCUGCAGAAUCCUGCAUAGAUGUUCAAGAACAGUCUCCUAACAUGCACUCCCAGACCAAGCACUCCUCUACGGGGCUGCACCGGCACAGCGCCCCCGAGAAGCUCCUGGCUACACAACUCCACUUAUUGCAGUUUAACAGUGACGGCUCUUCAUCGGAGCCUUACAAUCCUUUAAACCCUCCUGAUCGCUCUGUGUCCCCCUGUGGCAGCCAGUGGUCCCAUUCAUCACUACAGACCAUGAGGGAAGACCGAGAAGCUUCUCACAACUCCCUCCACGCCCAAUCAAACAAAUGUGGAGGCAGCCGUUGCUCCACCCCAGGAUCUGUUUUCUUGGAAGGGGAUGAUGAUGGAGGUUCAGGUGAUAGACUUGAAGGGAUAGGUGUAAAUGGUGGUUGCCUUCAACCAGUUGAGCAUCACCACCCUUGGGGCCGCUCUGUGAGUGUACCAGGGGACCCCAGUGGAUCCUCUGCCCAGGGAAGGUUGAGCUCAGAUCAGAUACUAGAGAGAGAUUUUGAGCCUCUCACUGCUGCUGCCAGUGUGGACACCCUACUAGAGGAGCAUAAAGCAGUGGACAGAGAAAGAAGUGAAGGUAAAAAAGAGAAUGCAGAAGGAGAGACGGACAUGAAAAAGUCCAGGAACCAUCGUCGAAACCGCCGUCGCAGUGAUCGCUUUGCUACCAACCUCCGCAAUGAAAUCCAGAGGAAAAAGGCUCAACUCCAGAGGAGUCGUGGACCAGGAGGGCUGCUCUGUAGUGGGGAAACUGUCCAAGAGGAAGAGGAUCCAGAUCUCAAUGAGGAGGGGGCAGACCCAAUCCUGCCGGCCCAGGAAAAGAGCACCAAAGUUGUAUUUGUCUCACCUGUCAUUUGCCAAGAUGCUAGCACCGCAGCACCAGUUGAGAAAACCUCAACUGAAUCAAACCAUGAUGUCCUGCAGAUUCAGCCUCAGUCAACAACCAACCUAUCCAGGUCUGUCCAAAUUCUGGACCCAGGACUGCCCGAUUUUGGUGUUGGCAUCAGAGUCGUGGAGGAGCCAGCUCCAGCUGGCAAAGCCCGACGCUGGCGUUGGACCCCCGAGCACAAACUACAACCAGAACCUGAGCCAGAACGACGAUGUGGAGUCGUGGCUGAGAAGGUGUUGGGAGUCACCGGGUCCCGGCAUGGGGUUUGUGCCUUCACCUCCUCAUCCACCUCGUCGUACAGUCGCUCCUCCUCUUGUUCUCGGAUGGAAGAGUCAGAUAUCCUUCCAUUUGCAGAUAGAAUGAAGUUUUUUGAGGAGACAAGCAAGGGUAUGUCUGGGUUAAAUGUCCCCAGUCUGUCCACUCGCAGGCAGAAGAAACCCCCUCACCAUCCUGAGCUCCAAGGAGGGGAGCUCGGUCAGCACCCAACCCAAAGAAGAUACUCCUACCAGGGGGGACUUCCACAGGAAAGCGCCCUGCUUCCAAACACUUUGGAAGCCAGGAGGAUGUCUGUGAGUACCAGCAGAGAGAGGCAGAAAGAGAAGGAGAAGGAACAAGCGAGAGAAAGGGAGGAGAGGGCACGGGAGAGGGAAGAGAGGUUGAGGAAACGGGAGAGGCAGCAGGAGAAGGAGAGACAGGAGAGGGAAUUGGAAAUGGAGAGGGCAAGGCUGAGGGAGAUUCAGCAGGAGAGGGAACGAGAGGAGAGGGCGAGACAGUGGGAGGAACGAGAGAGGGAGCUUGAGUUGGAGAGGGAAAAAGCAAUGGAAAUGGCCAGAGAGAAAGAACGUCUCAAAAAAGAGAGAGAGAUAGAGCUUGAGAGAGAGCGAGAGAGGCUCAGGGAGGAAGAUGCUCAGCUGGACUUUUAUGGCAGUUCUGGCACCAAAGAAAACAAUCAAGACUUCCACAGCUUCCAGCCCAUGCCUCAGGCGUUCUCCCACAGCCAAACCCAGAAUCAAGCCCCGCGAUCAGCUUUCCAUCCCGUCAGCACCUCUUCCCAACCCCUGGAGAACCGGCCACCUCUUCACCAGGGAUACACAGCCCGGAGCUACACACCUACAGAGACGUAUCCCGCCCGGCACCAGGAAACGACCAGGCUGAACAGGAAGUACAGCCUGACUGAGAGGGACUACCCGAGCUGGAGACGGGAGUCCAGACCUCCAGAGAGCGUUAAUCAGUAUCAUCAGCAGCUCCAGCAGGGUCGAUGGGGCCCCAGACAGGUUGACAGCAGCAGCGACGACCGCAACGGAUACGCCUUCGCCCCCCCACCAGCUCCUCUCUCGCUCCGAGGCCGAGCCAUGUCUGAAAACGACCUCCGCUUCGACAGCAGCCACCGCUGGUCGCCGGCCAUCUCCACAGCAACCAGCCAGACCCUGAGCGAGGUGGAGGAAGGAGCGGGUCACAUCAGGAGAGGAGAGGCUCCCAACGCUGCCAGGCCAAACAGGAAGAAGACGCCGCCUCCCCCGAGGCCGCCGCCCCCGAAGUGGGAGCAGUUCCACCGCAGGCGAGCAUCUCACCACGCCCUCUUUUCCUCCUCCUCUCCUUCUCCUCACUCCAUCCCUCCCUCCUUCGACGCCACAGAGGGACACUACUCCACUCACUCCUCCUCACACAUCCCUCCAUCCGAAACGUCCCGACAGAGGUCCUACAGCCUCCCCCCAGAGAGACAGGGAGUGUCCGAGGGCUGCCCGCGCUGCAACUGCAGCCAAGCUCAAACCCAGGAACACUCGUACUCCCACGCCUCGUCCAAUCAGAGUCAGCCACAUGCGCAGGAGCAGCCUUUCUCCCACGCUCCCUCCAAUCAGAACCAGGCUCAGUUUCAGGAGCUGCCCUUCACCGUCGCCCCGCCCAGUCCGAUGUUCUCCAGGAGAGGCUUCCGACCGGUGGCUCCACCCCUGAGAGAGAUGGACCUGAGGGGCUCGUAUGGGGGCCAGCAGGAGAGGGUGGAGGUGGUGUCAUCUCUGCCUCCACCUCCACCAGCAGAGAACAUUGUGAACAGUUUAUCUGACAUGAAUUUCAGCCGGAGCCCCGAUCAGGACAGAGUACCAGCGAGACCUCACAAGCAAAGACCAGGAGCCGAGUGGGAGAGAACCCCAUCUCCCAGAGUUCAUAGCGACCCGGCACUCCGACCUGUAUCAGAAAACGGAGGAGGCACUGGCGAGGUUUCACCUCCCGAUUCUUACUUCGCCUCCGAUUAUGAGCAGCAGCUCCGCAUGAACCGAGGCUUCCAGAGCAUCGACCCGCAGAAGAUCCCCGAACCGGCGACGGAAUCAGAGACGACCCUCAGCCCGAGUCCCGCCCACAGCCUGGACGCGGACCUGGACGCCCCCAUGGAGACAGACAUCGAUGACUUCCAGGAGGACGAGGGGCUCCCCGUGGAGGACGAGCCGAUCACAAGCGAGCUCCCGUGUUUCGCGCUGCCGGUGACGGUCCUGGAGACCGACAUCGACACCUUACCCGACUCUGAGGCCUCGCCAUCGGGCAGGACGAGGGUGGAGAGCGGCUCCCUGGAGGAGGAGCUGGAGGUCGGGGAGAGCAGCAGAGAGCGGCUGAGCCUGGAGGAGCUCUUCCCCCAGAGCAGCGAGGGGGAGUCGGGCACAGAGAGCUGGAGAGGGGCCUACCAGACCACAGAGCACAGCACCGACAGCCUGGAUAGGCGAUCCGGUGCGAGCUCCAGCUGUUCGUCCUAUUACAGCACGUCGGCGGCCAAAGCUCAGCUGCUGUCACAGAUGAAGGACUUCACCGAUCACAGGGAGAGGGACGACGACGACGAGCUGACGUACAAGAAACAGCUGAUGGAGAGCCUCCGCAAGAAGCUGGGAGUGCUGAGAGAAGCUCAGAGAGGACUGCAGGACGACAUCAGAGCCAACGCUCAGCUGGGAGAGGAGGUGGAGAGCAUGGUGGUGGCGGUGUGUAAACCCAACGAGGUGGACAAGUUCCGCAUGUUCAUCGGCGACCUGGACAAGGUGGUGAGCCUGCUGCUGUCGCUGUCCGGGAGGCUGCUGAGGGUGGAGACCACGCUGGACACACUGGACCCGGAGACGGAGCACCACGAGAGGCUCCCCCUGCUGGAGAAGAAGCGUCAGCUCAUGAGGCAGCUGUCGGAGGCUCAGGACCUGAAGGACCACGUCGACCGCAGAGAGCAGGCCGUCAGCCGGGUGCUGGCCCGCUGCCUGUCCCCCGAGCAGCACCGCGACUACAGCCACUAUGUGAAGAUGAAGGCCGCCCUGCUGGUGGAGCAGAGGCAGCUGGAGGACAAGAUCCGGCUGGGAGAGGAGCAGCUGAGGGGGCUGAGGGAGAGCCUGGGACUGGGGCUGGGGAUCGGGAUGGGAAUGUCAAUGGGAUACGGACACUAUUGACGAGGAAAAACGCCCUGAAGAGAUGAUGAUGUACAUGUUUGUCAAAGCAGAGGAAGAGUUUGACAUUUUACCGUCUUCCUUGUGGUUUUUAUGCUAAGCUAAGCUAACGUUUCCUGGCUGUUUAGUGUUCUAAAAUGUCAAACUGUUCCUUUAAAGAACAGCAGAGGUGUUGAUCCAGAAGUUAAAGGUCUAAACCAACAGCUAUAACACCCUGAAAGAUUGUAGGUAGGCGGAGGAAAACUUGAGUCCAGAGGUGUCUAAAAAAGAAAGAAGACUGGACUUGUAGCGCCGUCGCCCUGGAAAACAGAAGAAGAAGAAGAAAAAGCUGAGCAUGAAGUCAAAGAAAGUACACGAAAACACCAGAAAGACAUCAACAAGAGCUGCGAGCUUGCUGGUGGUCGGAAAAGAGGUUUGGACGUUGCUGAAACAGUAAAGAAGAGGAUGUUUUCCCCCCCAAAUAUCACCCGAGCAGAGGCCUGAAACCGGAGCGAGGAUCCAAAUUAAGGUCGCCACAUGAAGAAAAGAAUGAAAAAAUAAACCACAGUUGAGUUCCUGAGACUUUGCUUCACACGAUGUGCCUGAAACACGUACUGUAAACCCUAACCAGUAUCACACUACAACGCCAAAGACAUUCUCUCUCGAUGAUUGUGUCACUGAGACGCUGCUUUUUUAAUGUGUGUGUGUUUUUCUUUUUGUAUUUAAAUCUCCUGGUUCAGAGAAUCGAUGGGGACUUUUUUUUUUUUUUUGUCUUUUCGGUGCUUCACACUAAGAAAUUGUGUGUGUUUUUUCCGUUAGCGACACUAAAGUCGAGUAGUGUGGGACGUUACUCGCAGCGUUAUUAACUGCCACUGGGAUCGUUUGCUGAGUUUUUGUAUUCGCGUUUUUUGUUUGUUGCUGGCUGACACCCCGCGUACAGACACAGAUAUACUGUAUUAUCCAGCGUAAUAUCACAAUAUCACGUUUGUAUUCCUUUACUGUAACGUGUGAGGCUGUAACGUGUUUCACCGCGUGGAGUUUGACACCCCACCGACUCUGUUUUACUGUCACAUAUUAACUGUUAUGUACAGAAGACACUUGUGUUUAUAAUGUAAACGAUGUGUGUAUAUAGUGAGGCUGAUUUGUGAAAUGACUGGAAUCGGUUGUUGUAAAAAAAAAAGAAAAGAUGAACGAGAAGAAGACUGGGAAGAGUCGACGUUUACUGUAUAUUUUUGAAGAGGUUGAAUCUAAAGGAUGGUUUUGAGUUGCAGUUUUUCUUGUGUGCCCCCCAAAACUGAGACUGUAGUUUAAAAGACAUGUGUUCACUAUCAUUUUAAGAGUCAGGCGAGAGGAUUGAUACCACUUUUGUGUCUGUAUGGUGAGUAUAAGGCCACAGCUAGCGGUCAGUUAGCUUAGAUUGGCUUAGCUUAGCAUAAAGAUUGAAAGCGAAGGGAAACAGCUAGCAUGACAACAUCCAGCUAACUACUACCAGCACCUCUAAAGCUGUUGCUGGUUUAAUCCAAACAAAACAGGAAAGCUACCUGAUUUAGCUAGCUUAGCUUUAGCUAGUUGGCCUCUUUGCCUAAACAGCUAGCUUGUUGUGGUGUUUUCCCUUUUGUUUCCAUCAUUAUCACCACUAGCUAAUAUUGUAAAAAUGCCAUUUGCAGCUGCAGAUGUUGACAAAACUGAAGUGUCUGUUUUAGCUAAUCAGGCUAGCACUUCUAGCUAGACACAGAACAGUCGUUCACAGCACAGAGUUAAGUUAGCUACAGCAGCUAGCUUGUCUCAGUUAUUGAAAGAGGUGCUGGUUGAGGGCAUGCAUUUUCCCUCUGUUUUUAAUCUUCAUGCUAAGCUAAGCUAACGGACUACUGGAUUCAGCUUCAUGUUAAACAGUGGUGUCAGUCUUCUCACCUAAAUCUUGGCAAUUCAGCAAUUAAGUGUAUUUCCCAAAAUAUCAAACUGUCCAUUUAAAAUUAGGCAAAACAUGUCCUACUACUUCCUGAAACUCAGGAUUUAAAACUAUAACUAUUUGUUAUCCUGCCAAAGUCUCCCAAGCUUUAAACCGGUAUCCUAAACCUUGGACCGGACAAGUUUUACACAAUUUUAGCCUGUUACAAGAAAAACUGCAGCUUGAGCAGGGAUAUGAGGUAUUGUGAAGAGGAGAUGUGUAUAUUUGUGGCUGUUGAACGGUGGAGUCGCUGACACUUCUAUCACAUUCACUGGUUAACCGUCGAUCAAGUCAACUCGUUCUGGUUGAAGUCACGGUUUCUACACUCUGUUCGGCCCCAUUUCCUUCGUUUGUUCCCAGAUGUUUCCUGCUGUUUUUAACCACCAGACAUCCACGACACUUCUCCUGUCUUGUACAAAUUAUUUGUGUUGUUGUACUAUAAUAGCCGUUUUCUAAACCGACUGGGUAAUUCAUAAGAGAGGAAAAACAAGUCGUCGUGGGAGUGAGAGAGUUUAUUUCUUCUGUUCGUGUGUUCAUUCUGCUCGAUACAAACCCUCCUUGUUUUUUCUUUUUUUUUUUUGUAAAAAUGCAUUACAACUGCAAAAAACACUCCUGUGAGGAAAAAGAACCAUAAAUAAUAAUAAUAGUAUUUUAAACUA